UAUGUUUCUGACACUGAAGUAUGAAACUUUUAUGGUUUCUGAUUGAAGCAUAGGCCUUUAUUAUUUCAUUGGACGGAAGCAUAUUUAUGAAAUACACUUAAAAUUUGAUUGAACAUCAUGAAUCAUCAAAAUAUAAAUAUGUUUCUCGUUAAACGUGUUGUUGUGCGUAUGGAUUUUUCAAUGACACUUUGAAAGUGCGCGAGUCAAAAGAAUGGGAAUACACUGCGAGAUGAAAUUAUUUAAUCCUCCUGAUGGAACCUUUGUGCCCGGCGAAACGGUGUCUGGUGUAAUUAAAUAUGCAGUAGACAGAGACACGGCCGUGAAAAGGAUUAUUGUAUCGCUAAAAGGCGGCGGAGUUCUCAGAAUCAGAAACACACAACGCAGACAACAGAACAGGCCGAAUGUUUUUUAUUGCUUCGAAGAGUACGUCGACAUUGAUAAUAUAAUACGGGAAGACGAAAAAGGAAUUUUACCAUUUGGAUGCUAUGAAACGAAUUUUAGUUUUACGGUACCGAAAAAUUUACCGCCUUCCUUCAAAUACAUGAAACAUUUGCCACAUCAUAUAGUGAAAUGCAAGAUAUCUUAUUUUGUUCGGAUAAAAUUCGAGAAACCGGGCUUAUUUAAAUUAAACAAGCAUUUCAGAUAUUAUAUUACUAUGUUGUCAGGUGUAACUCCCAAUCUACCAACGGUUCCGACUGUAUUUAGUAAAGAUAAAAACUUGUGCAGACUAAUAUCGAGUAGCCCUAGGACAGUUAAAAUCAGAGCGAACGUAGAGAGUUGCGUUUUAGCUCCUGGCACUAAAAUCGAACUUAACUAUGAAGUACACAAUAACACUAACCUCGUUAUAAAAGGUGUUGAAACAAAAUUGAUCGAAGUGCACUCGUUCAAAGCGAGAUCAAGUAGAAAAAUACAAAACUUUAAAGAUGUACCGGAUACAGAUACAAAAACGGCUUCCAUCAAUAGCGGUGAUCAUCAAACUAUGCUUAUAAUUAUGAAUCUUCCUCCUGAUAUAAUGUCAGUUGAAAAUUCUAAAAUAGUUCAAAGGGAAUAUGCAGUUAAGAUAACUGUGGAUCUUCCAAUGCCGCAUUUCAAUAUCGUGUUUGAAAUCCCUGUACAAAUCGGAUACAGGACUGACCUGAUUGAGGAGAGUGCCGCUAUCCCUAUUAAUGAGUUACCCCCUCCUUACUGGGCCAUUAUGGGCGAAGCCAACGGUUCUAGGGAAGACUUAGAUUCGAUUGAUAAUUUUUAAGAAAUAGAACUCAUAAAUACAUUUGUACCGUUGCUUGUUUCUCUAUCCGUGGAUCGUCAUGAUUCCUAUUGAUUAAUUUAUUUGAAGCUACAACCGACCAUUGGUUAAAUAUUUCCUUGGCAUUUCCUUUAAGCAAGAAAGCACCAAGCCAUUAAGGUGAAAGAGCAGUAAAUGACACAAUAACUGCGUGCGAACGGUUUCCUAAAUGCCUACAUCGAAGGUUUUUGUGUUCAUCGACAUUAUUUAUUUGCUAAUUUAAAUUAAGGAUUCACAAUACUUAUAUGGUCUCUUAAAUAAAUUUGUACGUUAUUCUUGUUUUA